UUAUCACCCUGUGCUGCAUCUUCAAGUGCCGGAUCCCGAGGACCAAGAAGGAGAUCGAAGCCCGCUACGCCAAGCGGCAGGCUGCGAAGAUGUACGCAGACAAGCUGGACACGGUGCCGCCACUCAGUGAACUGACCGAGAUUCCAGGAGCGGCCGGAGAGGAAAAGGAGGAAGAAGUGCCCACGGUAUCUGGGAAGGUAGAUGCCCAAAAGAAGAAAGAAAGACCCAAAGAUUCAAAGAAGGAGAAGAAGAAGCAAGAGGAGAAAGAGGACAAGGAAGGACCUGAGAAGGAAGAGAAAGAAGGGACAAGGAAAAAACAAGGCAAGAAACAAGGGAGUGAGAUAAAACCAGAGGGGAAGAAGAGAGCGGACGAAGAGAAGGGUGGUGGCAAGGAGAAACUCAGAGGCGGUUCCAAGGGAGCUGCGAAGGCGGCUGGGAAUCCCAGGUCUUCAUCCCGGAAGAAGUGA